AACAUCAGCGUCUCACCUGUAUGGGAAGGAAAGUGAAAGUAGUGCAGGAUUCCCAGCGGCUGCUGUCACCUCUCUCCUGUCACUUGUAUUCCGGACGCAAGAAGAAACCUUAACAUCAUGAAAAUGAAGAGACUUUUCUCCUGGAGACUGAGAUAUAAAGGAAGAAACAUGGAAAGACUGGAACUAGACCUGAGACCAGCGCUGGAGAGACGCAGUGUAACCCGGCAGGUUUCCAGCAGAAGAUCCCUGUAUCCAGACCAGCACAUAAACCAUGGACAUCAGACUUGUGACCAUCACCAUACCAGUGGUGGCAGUGUGUGGAUCCCCGCACAGAAGACACUGCCCGGUGUACCGGUAUUUAUCUGUGUCUCCCACUGACGUCAAACUCCUGAGACAGCUGCAAAGUGAUUCUGAGAAGAACAUGUCCAUCAAUGCAACCAGAUGUUACAGGAGAAUGAUGAAACACAAGCCGACUGUAUGUGACCUGGAGCCCAGUGACCGCCUGAUCCUGACCUUGGAGCGAGUGUCACUAGCUGCUGAUGUACUGACCAAUAUGUCCACAUCUGCUGUGCCCGACGCUGUAUCACAGUCACUUAUGGCUUUCCUCACACUGAGAGAUGACCUGAUGAUCUGUAGGGAGUCACCAGAAUACAGAGAAUCUGCCUCCCAGCGGCUGAGGCCCUGGCUGCACCACCUCCAACGUUUUACAGAAGCAGCAUCUCCAGAAUGUGUCCAGGCUGCUGUGUUACUCAGCCUCAUCUCACUAAGGGUAGAAGAUGUGACUUGUUGGGCUGCAGGAAAGCUUGUCAGGUAAGACCUAGAACAAGAGGAAGCUAGACCUCCCUCCGUAUACACAUGCCUGGCUCCUGAUCCUACAAGAGGUCUCCCGUCUUUCUCUGGUGGAUCUGGCUAAUCAUCAUUACAAAGAAUGCCCAAUACUCUGCUUGAU